AUGUUUGCAGUUAAUGUGACAAGCUGCACCAGUGGUAACUCAGCCAGGACACCUGACCUGUGUGACACAUUUGGAUUUUUUCUGUUUGUAGGAUUUUGGGAUCGAGGCUUUUACCAUGAAAACCAAGAUUUGCGGAGCUUCUUGGGUACCAGAUACACUAAAGUUCCCAUGAUGCACAGAUCAGGCGUAUACCGUCACUAUGAGGACAUGGAGAACAUGGUACAGGUGUUGGAACUGGGCCUGUGGGAAGGGAAGGCCAGCAUGGUGCUGCUUUUGCCCUUCCAUGUGGAGAAUUUGGCUCGGCUGGACCGUCUGCUGACCCAGGAUCGGGUUGAGAAGUGGUUGGAGAAACUGAACUCCACUAGUAUGGCAUUAUCCCUCCCGAGAACCAAGAUAAGCAGCACCGUCAGUCUACAGUGUUUCCCAUACAGACUAAUGACUCUCCUGGCAUCCCAAACAUUUGUGCUCCUUCAAGCCAUGAGAGAGGGUGAGAAAGCCUCAGGCAGUAUGCAUGAGGAUGAGGAUGUGGAGAAGCCAAAAAUCUUCUAUGCAGAUCAUUCCUUCAUUAUACUAGUUAGGGACAACAGCACUGGGGCAUUGCUCAUGAUAGGUGCACUGGAUCACACUGAUGGCCCUGCAAUUCACGAUGAGCUAUAGAACCAAAGUACUUCACCCUCCGGCACUGACAGUUGGCUGAAGAGUCUGAAUGGCUGACCUGCGGGUAUUGACAAUAAACUGAUCUACUUAUCCACUGCAAAUCCACUGUCUUACACCUAUUGGUCUUAUGCGCUGACACGUUACAUUGUACUUGUAAUACAGAUAUGAAAGAGCUUAGGAUAGGAUGUGAUUAAACUGAUAUAUAGACCUGCACUGAAUCUGCUCCCACCAAAUUCUGCAGAAGGCAUGGCAGAUUUGUACAGAAUUUGAAUGUUUUACUCAAAUUCUGUGUAUCCCUGCAACUUGUUUUUAUUAAUUAAAAGUUUGGGUUUAAUAAAGAUGUCAGCUGCCUUUAUGAGUGAAAUAGUCACAUCUCUGUUGAAAGAG